UUGAAACUUUAAAAUAUAUCAUUAAUUUCCAUUAAAGUUCUUUUGCAAAACAAAGCAUUUUUUUAGGAAAGUAUUAGUAAACAAAAACAAAUUUUUUUUUGUAGUUAAUAUUAUACGUAAAAAAGUAAUUAUAAUAUUAUACGUAAAACUUGAGAACGGUCGAAUAUGUCAGAAGAAAGUAUUUCAAAAAAUAGCCCUGUUUGCAUUAUAGUUUUAGGAAUGGCUGGGUCGGGUAAAACAACCUUCGUCAAAAAACUACACCAGCUUGUCUAUGACUCCUAUAAACCUUAUGUUAUUAAUUUGGAUCCGGCAUGCCUUGAAACACCUUAUCAUGCAAAUAUAGAUAUUCGUGAUACAGUAAAUUAUAAAGAAGUAAUGAGUCAAUAUAAAUUGGGUCCGAAUGGCGGAAUAGUUACUUCUUUAAAUCUGUUCGCAACUAAAUUUGAUAAAGUAAUCGAAUUAUUAGGAAAAGCUUUUGAAAACGGACAAAAACUUUGUAUAGUUGAUACACCAGGCCAGGUAGAAGUAUUUACGUGGUCAGCAUCGGGAACUAUUAUAACAGAAGCCCUAGCCACAUCAUUUUGCACCAUCAUUGUCUAUGUUAUGGAUGUUGUUAGAUCACGAAAUCCAGUUACUUUCAUUUCAAACAUGUUAUAUGCUUGUUCUAUCUUGUAUAAAGCCAGAUUACCAUUCAUAAUUGUUCUUAACAAGAUUGAUAUUGAAGAUUGUAGUUUUGCUAUUGAAUGGAUGAAAGAUUUUGAAGUUUUUCACGAAGCGUUAGAGAAAGAACAAACGUUCGUUAGUAAUUUAGCUAGAACAAUGUCAUUAACCUUAGACGAAUUCUAUCGUGAUUUAAAAUCUUGUGGCUUGUCAUCAAAAACUGGAAUUGGUUUUGAUAAACUUUUUGAAUUGAUAACUGAAUGUUCCAAAGAAUAUGAAAGCGAUUACAAAAAGGAGCUUAAAAAACUCGAAUUGGAAAAAUCACAUAAAUUUGCAAAACAACUUGUAUCAGAUGUAACAAAAAAUUCGUCGAUAGGGGCGGAAGUGCCCAUGGCUUCUUUUGUGGAAAAUUAUCCGAAUUCAAAUGUCAGUGAGGUGUACCUUAAGCAUCCUGGGAAUGAAAGCUCUGACGACGAGGAAGGAGUUGAGAAUAAGCCGGUAGCCUAUGCUGAUGAUCAAUUAGAAGAAGAAAAUUUUAAUGAUUACCUUGAAAAAAGAAAAUUAAUACAAAAAGACAAAAUGAAGCUUUAAAAAAUUUUAAAUUUAAAAUAAAAUAAAUUGCUUCUAAUUUUAUAGUUGUAUGUAAUUCAAUUUAUUGCUAUAAAUUGAUAUACCUACUUAUAAAGAACUAAUUUGGAAAAUCAAUUAAAGUUUUUGUUACUGGA